AAUCAGGGCGUGUCGUGUUACAUAAGCUGUGAUUGGUUACCUGAAAUGACGUCACGUAUCAAAGUUCAUUAGAGGUCAUCACAACAACGUGGGGAGGGCAGCUUACAGCUCGGCCUGAAUGUCGCACGUUCUUUUGCCAAAAUAAGAACCAGUCAUCGAGAAUUUCUGCAGCAAAACCAGCUAAAAAACACGGCACAUUGAGGGGACAAUAGCACCUGGUGCACCUGUGGAACACACAGCUGGUACCACAGCUGCACUAUGUGGGCUGUACACCUGGAGCAGCUGGCCAAGACCACCACAUCCCUGACCCGGCAUCACCGCACCUGGCUUCAAAAUGGCAGCCGGAUGCUGUGUGCCAGCAGUCGACGGAACAGCAGCGACCGUUCGGUAAUGGCGAUACGGAGGGAGGAUGUGAGUGGGCAGUGGGAACGGCGGGCGCCGCUGAGCCCCGCCCACGUGAAGAAACUUGUCCGCAAAGGAGUCAAGGUCUUGGUGCAGCCGUCCAAUAGGAGGGCAUAUCCCAUGCAGGAAUAUGAAAAAGCCGGUGCAGUAAUAACAGAGGACCUGUCAGAAGCUUGUUUGAUCAUGGGGGUGAAGCAGGUUCCUAUCAGUGGACUUCUGCCAGAGAAAACAUACGCCUUCUUCUCCCACACUAUCAAGGCACAGGAGGCCAACAUGGCCAUGUUAGACACCAUCCUGGAUAGGAAAAUCCGGCUAAUAGAUUAUGAGAAGAUGACAGACGAGAAGGGAAAAAGGGUAGUGAAAUUUGGAAGGUUUUCAGGUACUCCAGGAAUGAUCAACAUCCUCCAUGGUAUGGGGCUUCGCUUUCUGGCUCUCGGACAUCACACUCCCUUUAUGCAUGUAGCGCAGAGUCACAACUACCGUAACAGCGAGAUGGCGCGCCAGGCUGUCCGAGACUGUGGGUACGAGAUCGCUCUCGGCCUGAUGCCGCAGUCCAUUGGCCCGCUGACGUUCGUCUUCACGGGGUCCGGAAAUGUGUCGCAGGGCGCACAAGAAAUCUUCAACGAACUUCCCCACGAGUAUGUCCAUCCCAAGGACCUCAAGGAGGUUUGUGAAACAGGAGAUACCAGUCGAUGCUAUGCUACCGUUCUGAGCCGAAAGCACCACCUGAAGAACAAAGACACAGGCGUAUUCUCUGCCGAGGAGUAUGAGUCACACCCUGAGAGAUAUAUCUCAACAUUUGCACAGGAGUACGCUCCCUAUGUAUCCUGUCUCGUGAAUGGAAUCUACUGGCCUCCCAACGCACCGCGCCUGCUGACCUUCUCCGACCUUCAGAACCUCCUGAGUCCCGACAUGGCGCCCAAACACGUUCCCGAGGGACCGGGCAUGCCCAGACUGCCUCACCGCCUGGUUGCGGUGUGCGACAUCUCGGCAGACCCUGGGGGUUCGCUGGAGUUUAUGACGGAGUGCACCAGUAUCGAUGUUCCCUUCAUUCUAUACGACGCUGAACAUCACGUUCUCAGACCGCGCACAUCAAGUCUGAUCACCCCCUACGGUAGCUCGGUCACACUGGCUGACCAGGACUCCAGCGAGUACCUAAGCCGCAGGUUAAAAACUAACAGAGGAGGUCUGCCAACCUGUUUUGCUGGUGACGGAGUCCUGGUGUGUUCCAUUGACAACUUCCCUGCCCAGCUCCCCCGAGAAGCCACCGACUACUUUGGGAACCUCCUUAUUCCGUACGUCUGGCAGAUGCUGAAGUCCAGGGCUGAUGUCCCAUUUGAAGAACAAGAAGGGCUGUUCUCUCCCACAGUUAGUGGGGCUGUUAUUACAUCAAAUGGCAGACUAACCCCCAGAUUUGAGUACAUCGCCGAGCUUCGAGCACAGAAACAGAAACAGAAAGAACAAGCAAAAGCCUGAAAACUUCAGAUGAAGACUUCAGUGUGCUGCAUAUUUUCUGUCCUGUCCAGAGAUGUUAUUUUGUUUGAAGGAUGUCAUAUAUUGGUCCAAAAUAAUGCAAACUUUUAGUGAUAUCAGAAGAAUAGACUGAGAAAAUAACAUACACAUGUAAUUAAUGAAUCACCAUGGAAAAUAAGCAAUAUAUCUUGUCUUUCUCUCUAAGAUGCUAUUUUUCUCAUUUUUAGACUGUAAAGGGAAUCUGAGUGGAAUCUGUAAAAUGUGAACAGAAUUGAUAUUUAGUCAGAUCUACAAAUUAAGCCAUGUUGAUUUGAUUAUAUGGAUGACAUCCUCUGGAAGUUCCCAAGCAAGCAUGCAAAAAGUUUGGCAACAAAAUGUACAUUCAGUAUGAAAUGUUAGUGGCCAGGAAGGUUGAACAAAUGACAAAACACACAAGAGUAUUGUGUAAGGAACAUUUAUGUCAUACCUGUGACGCGAAAACGUUCGAUACGGGUGUUCCCGACCGGGCCAUAACUUCCGUAUUGCACAAGUUUGAAAGGUGUAUCACGCAGGCUUUCUUCAAGUAAAUUGAACCAUUUGGAGCGGGCCAAGUGCGGCAUGGUUUUCAAUUCGAAUACCUGAUUCGGACGUUGGAACAUUGCUGUUGCAACACUUUUUGUUCGACGGCACCAAAUUUGUUCAACUUCUGGCGCAUUUCGCAUCAAAACAUGGGUUUUCUCAGGUGGGUAUGACAUAAAUAAAAUACAACACGGUGUAUUCCGCAUUACACUCGGUCCCAGCCCUCCCACGGGUCGGAUCACCCUCCGGCCUUCGGCCCUCGGGUGAUAAAGAAUACACUGUGGCGUGUCGUAUUCUAUAUAUAUGUUUUUCACAUCUUCUUCAAUAUCUAGAUAUCGCAUUGACUGUCACGAGGCAUUUUAUGAUAUGAGUUUCUGUUUGCAAUUGGAUUUUUCAAGUUGUGGCAUAUAUGUCUAAUUUUACAGCAUUGUGCAAAACUUUUAUCUCUUCAAAAUGUGGGUGCUUGCCACUUGGAUUUCAUCCAAAGAAUCGAAUCAUCACAGUCUUAUGUAACAGUAAAUGGCUACUCUAGUAUUAUAUUAGGAUGGUCGGGCAUCUUCUUUUCUCGUAUUUCAGUGAUUUAGAACCCAUCUUGAAUUGUUUCUCUUUGACUUUUUUAUUUUAUUUUAUUAGAAGGAAAGAGAAUAUUAGUGUGUAGAUUGCUCAAAUGGACUAGCCCACAGUAUCUAUAUAUAGAAGCUAGAUUAAGGUGGUAUAUAAUGUACAAUGCAAACCCGUUCCAUAUUAAAGGUUAGAAAAUUACUAAAUACCAACUAUUUCCUUGGUACAUUCAGCCUGAACAAAAGCAGAAAUGCUGAUAUCAUUCAUGUAAGAGGUCAUCUAAACCUAAAAGCUAAUAAGAAGUUAAAGUACUUUUAGACUGUAGAUCAUUUGUUAAAGAUACAUAUUGUAGAGUUUGGUGCCAAACCUAAUCUGAAUUUAAUAAUGCCCAUUCAGAUUUACUUAUUUUCAACAUAUUCACAUCAUUUUCCCACAUUUCAAAUGUUGGUUAACAAUGCGUAGUAAAGCCCCACCAAGUCCCUGUAUUUGAGGAGUAGAGAUAUGAAUUAUAGAUCCAAGAUUAUUCCAUACAUGAACACUAUAACUGGCUUAUAUGUAAGCUGCUGUAGAGAUGGUUCUUAAAUAUAUGUGAAUUUCAAGUAAACUGUUUCUUUUGGAUA